AUGACUACGGAAACGGAAUUGAUCUUUUCACCAGAGCGUACAUCAAAUAGUUCCUUUCAUGUAUUCUCGAGCAAAAAAAUCAGUCGUCGAAGAAUUCCAAUAAAUCAACCACCAAAACCUGUUUCAUGUCGUGUUUAUCGAUAUUUCACACCAGCUGCUACUCGUGUAGCAAAUGCGGUUUCAGUUAGUUCAAAAACAUUUGGUGUUGCUUUGGAAAGUCCAUUUUAUACAAAAACUAUUGCAUCGACGUAUUGGGAUCAAUGCUUUGAACAUCUUGAAUGUCUCGGCCGUGGUUCAUUUGCUGAAGUUUACAAAGUUCGUCAUAAAGAAGAUGAUCAAUUGUAUGCAAUUAAACGUUCAUUAACGAAAUUUCGUGGCAAAUCAGAUCGUGAUCAAAAGUUGAAAGAAGUUCGUUUCCAUGAAACAUUGGCAACUCAUCAGAAUAUUCUCAAAAUUAUUCAUGCAUGGGAAGAACGCGAACGUUUAUAUAUUCAAACUGAACUUUGUCGUGGCAACUUACUCGAAUAUGCCACCGAACAUCAAAUUACACAACCAAUGGUCUGGCAUUUCCUGUAUCAAACGAGUCAAGCGCUUGAUUUUCUUCACUCAUUGUUUUAUGUUCACAUGGAUGUUAAACCUGAAAACAUACUGAUAACUAAUGAUGGAAUCCUUAAAUUAUGUGAUUUUGGUAUUGUACAUGAUCUACGAAGUCCUUCAACGUUAGCACAGGAUGGCGAUGCGCGUUAUCUGGCUUUUGAAGUUCUCUCAGGGAUGAUUUCACCGGCUGCCGACGUCUUCAGUCUAGGCUUAGCAGCAUUGGAACUAGUCAGUGAUUAUGAUAUGCCUGUGAAUGGUGAUGUUUGGACAGAUAUCCGAGAACUACGAUUACCUAAUGAAAUCGUGUCGGUCUUAACUGAUCUCGAACUGAAAGAACUUCUUUUUCGAAUGAUCCAUUCGAAUUAUCAAUCGCGACCAACAGCGAAGCAAGUACUCGACAGUCCUACAAUUCGAGAAGAAAUUUGCAAAAUGAUUUCACCAUUUGCAUUCGAUCAACAUCGACACGAACGGACGCUAUCACCCAUGCAUGAAAGCGAUUCACUGAUUAGUCAUGGUUGUCGAACGCCGAUUAAAAAAGCCAAACGACCACCUAAUUACGGCGGUUAUCAUGAUGAACAUUCGGAGGAUGAAAUGAAACAACUCUCGAUUCAUGAUCAUUCUCAACUAACACCACCACCACCGCCAGUUACUGGUGAUCCACUUCGUAUUCGUCUUUUCCCUACUGAUUCCGAUGACGAAACUAAUGAAAAUCAUGUGUACUUUCGAAAAUCGCCACUGAAAUUCAAAUUCGAUACGUCAUGCUAUGCCUAUCGUUAUUUGAAUACAUUGAAAAUUCACUCGGCUUUGCCUUCAGCUAUACCUACUGGUAUUCCUACUAUUGGUUGUAUGGCACAGAUUAUAAACACUUCGAAUUCAGCUGAUUACCAAUCGAUGAUUCGAUCGACAACGCCAUCCGAAGAUGAAGAUCACUUUCUCACCCCAUCUUCGGAUAUCAAUUUCUCUCAACUGAACGGCGUUGUUCAUCAAUUUACUAGUAUAGAAAUUAAUCCAAAUGAUAAUGAUUCAGUCAACACAGAUGAUUUAUCGCAAUCGACCACACGUCUUAUUCCUCAAUAUGAAACAUACCUCAACUUAAGUACAUCAAGCAGUGAAACAAGUCUUGCUCGACCACUUCUCAAUGGAAAAACACACUCAACUCCUCUCUACACCGAAGAUGUGAAAAUCAAAUCCCCGACUGAUUCGACCCAUCCGUUGAAAAGCAAUUACUAUUCAUUCAUCAAAAUCUAUUUCAUGGAUAUGUUUAUGUCAGCAUUCGUCAUAACACCGCUCGUUAACAUACAUUGGCGCGGAGCAUGGGACCUACUUGAUAUAUAUCUUCUACCUGAACAUCCACAUACAAGCGCACUUGUUUCACUAGCUAUUGGUCUCUUCGUUCUUUAUUUGAUCUAUCUCAUGCAAAAUUUCCUCCAAAACUUCUAUGAAAAACACCGUAAAAAUCUUCGUGGGCAGAUCAUGGCAAGAUUCUAUACGCUAAUCGUGGCAUUCGCAUACAUCAAUCAAUGGCGUGGCCUGUGGAACUUAUUGGAUUUAACAAGUAACAAUUGGUAUCGACUGACCAUCGAGACGCUCAUCAGUAUUGUCGUACUUUUAUGUAUGAAAGCAGUUUAUAAUCUUAAUUCCGCACCAUUUUUAAUCGCUACGGAUACCGAACAUUAUUUUCUGGUCGAUUCGAAAUUUGUUGUUUCGACACGUCGAUUUUGGCAAUAUACAUGCGAUUUUACUGUUUAUGAACUCGUCGAAGCUCCGUUCAUUGUCAUUGCCUGGCGCGGUUUGUACAACCUCUCAGAUAUCUAUAUCUAUCCAGAUAACAAGACAAUGUCAAUGUUAAUCUCAUUUGCAAUUGGUUAUUCCUUGUUUUUCCUUCUUGCACUUUUACAAAUACCAAUAAUUCAAUGUUUUAUGAAGAAAACUCCUCAAAUACUCUACACAAUCCUUUCAAAUGUUUUUCAUUUGAUGGCAUUUGUUAGUGUCGUUCAAAUCUGGCGCAGUCUAUGGCUGAUAUGUGAACAAUAUAUUAACAUACCUGGCUAUCAUCAUUCAACACUCUGGCUUUGCUAUGUUGCCGCGUUUAUUGUAUUGACAUGCAUUUUUACAGCAUGUUCGUUGAACGGACCGGCGGGAACGAAGGAAAGUUACAUGGAUGAUCAACCAGUUUUUCUCUUCAAAUUUGAUUAUUUUUCAACUCUACUGAAAAAACAAUCAGAUCGUUUGAAAAGUCAAAAAGCGAAUGAUCUUGGUUCCGACUUAUCAUCAACGGAAACGAUCGUAUCGAACGAAUCACCUUAUCGUUUUAAGCCUCCCUAA